UGCUGGGCGCGGUGCGCCGCUCCUGCGGGCUGGUGAUGGACAGUGAGGAGCGGCCAAUGAGCUUGCUUUUACCUUCCUUGAUAAGGAUGUACCCGUACCACCAGGAACAGUCUUUCUAGACUUCCAAGUUGGUAAAAUGAUAAGGAAUUUCAGUCAGCACGUGUUUCUGUGUCUCUUCUGAUUCCUGAAGGAUGGAUAUUUAUGAGAAGCUGCUAAACAGCAUGUGGAACUCUCUGAUUGUUUUAGAGUUGUGAAUAACCUUUGAAAGAUCUGUUAAAAGAAUAAAGAGGAACCUCUAUGGGUAACUUUUGGCUGGAAGAUAUUCUUGGUCAACCAUGGUAAAACUUGCAAACCCACUUUAUACAGAGUGGAUUCUUGAGGCUAUACAAAAGGUUAAAAAGCAAAAGCAAAGGCCAUCUGAAGAAAGAAUUUGUCAUGCUGUGUGCGCUUCACAUGGAUUAGAUAAGAAAACUGUUUCAGAACAGUUGGAACUAAGUGUUCAAGAUGGCUCUAUUCUUAAAGUUACCAACAAAGGCCUUGCAUCCUACAAGGACCCAGAUAAUCCUGGGCGGUUUUCAUCUGUUAAACCUGGCACUCUUCCUAAAUCUGUUAAGGGAUCUAGAGGAGCCUCUAAUGAGCUUCGUAAUGUGGAUUGGAAUAAACUAUUGAGAAGAGCAAUCGAAGGGCUUCAGGAACCAAAUGGCUCCUCUCUGAAAAACAUAGAGAAAUAUUUGAGAAGUCAAAAUGACCUAGCAAGUAUUUUCAACAACCCUGUCUUUCAGCAGAGAUUACGGUUGGGGGCCAAGCGUGCUGUAAAUAAUGGGAGGUUACUGAAGGAUGGACCUCAAUAUAGGGUGAAUUAUGGUAGUUUGGACAGUAAAGGAACUCCAAAAUAUUCCAGUGCUUUCCCAGCUUCUCUUCCACCUGUAAGCCUUCUACCCCAUGAAAAAGACCAGCCACGAGCUGAUCCCAUUCCAAUAUGUAGUUUCUGUUUGGGGACUAAAGAAUCAAAUCGUGAAAAAAAACCAGAAGAACUGCUCUCCUGCGCAGACUGUGGCAGCAGCGGGCAUCCAUCAUGUUUGAAAUUUUGUCCUGAGUUAACAGCAAAUGUAAAGGCCUUAAGAUGGCAGUGUAUCGAAUGCAAGACGUGCAGUGCAUGUAGAAUCCAAGGCAAAAAUGCAGAUAACAUGCUCUUCUGUGAUUCUUGCGAUAGAGGGUUCCACAUGGAAUGCUGUGACCCACCACUUUCCCGAAUGCCUAAAGGGAUGUGGAUUUGCCAGGUCUGCAGACCAAAGAAGAAGGGAAGAAAGCUACUUCACGAGAAAGCUGCGCAAAUAAGACGACGAUAUGCAAAACCUAUUGGACGACCGAAAAAUAAACUAAAGCAACGAAUGUUGUCUGUAACCAGUGAUGAAGGAUCCAUGAAUGCAUUCACAGGAAGGGGGUCACCUGGUAGGGGUCAAAAGACUAAAGUCUGUACCACACCUUCAUCUGGUCAUGCUGCAUCUGUGAAGGAUUCAAGCAGCAGAUUGCCUGUUACAGACCCCACUCGGCCUGGUGCCACCACCAAAAUCACCACCACCUCCACCUACAUAUCUGCCUCUACACUUAAAGUUAACAAGAAAACCAAAGGGCUCAUUGAUGGCCUUACUAAGUUUUUUACACCAUCACCCGAUGGUCGCAGAUCACGAGGUGAAAUAAUAGACUUUUCAAAGCACUAUCGUCCAAGGAAAAAGGUCUCUCAGAAACAGUCAUGCACUUCUCAUGUGUUGGCUACAGGUACCACACAAAAGCUAAAACCUCCACCUUCUUCACUUCCACCCCAAACUCCCAUCUCUGGUCAGAGCCCCAGUUCACAAAAAUCCUGCACUUCCACCUCUUCUAACUCUCCCCAAAGUUCUUCCAGUCAGUCAAGUGCACCCUCCUUUAGCAGCCUUCCUAAUAACAGUCAGCUAAAGGGACUCUUUGAUGGACUUUCUCAUAUUUAUACCACCCAGGGACAGUCUCGAAAAAAGGGACACCCGAGUUAUGCACCACCCAAACGUAUGCGUCGUAAACCAGAGUUAUCUUCCACAUCAAAAUCUAAUACCCAUUUCUAUGGAAAGAAAGAGAUUAGAAGUAGGUUUAUUUCUCAUUCCUCCACCUCUGGAUGGGGUGUGUCUAGAGGACGUGCUUUUAAAGCAAUUGCUCACUUCAAGCGAACAACUUUCCUUAAAAAGCACAGGAUUCUAGGCAGAUUAAAGUAUAAAGUGACCCCUCAGAUGGGGACCCCCUCACCAGGGAAGGGGAGCUUGGCAGACGGAAGGAUUAAACCUGAUCAGGAUGAUGAUACAGAAAUCAAAAUAAGCAUCAAACAAGAAAAUACAGAUGUAAUUCUGGUGGGGAGCAAGGAAAUUGUUACAGAGGAGGAUGUGGAAGUUUUUAAGCAGGCUCGGGAACUUUCUCUGGAGAAAAUUGGAUGUAAAAACAGCAGUGAAACAAAUGGCCGGUACCCUUCAGUGAUAGAAUUCGGGAAGUAUGAGAUCCAGACCUGGUACUCUUCACCUUAUCCGCAGGAAUAUGCAAGACUAUCAAAGCUUUACCUGUGUGAAUUCUGUCUUAAAUAUAUGAAAAGUAAAAACAUUUUGCUAAGACACUCAAAGAAGUGUGGUUGGUUCCAUCCUCCAGCCAAUGAAAUCUACAGAAGAAAUGAUCUUUCAGUAUUUGAGGUUGAUGGAAAUGUGAGCAAAAUUUAUUGCCAAAAUCUUUGCUUGUUAGCCAAGCUCUUUCUGGACCACAAAACGUUGUAUUAUGAUGUUGAGCCAUUCCUUUUCUAUGUUCUUACAAAAAAUGAUGAAAAAGGCUGUCACUUAGUUGGAUAUUUCUCUAAGGAAAAGCUUUGCCAGCAGAAGUACAAUGUCUCCUGCAUAAUGAUCAUGCCCCAAUAUCAAAGGCAAGGAUUUGGAAGGUUUCUCAUUGAUUUCAGUUAUUUACUUUCUAGAAGAGAGGGACAAGCAGGGUCCCCUGAAAAGCCGCUGUCUGAUCUGGGUCGUCUCUCAUACUUAGCCUACUGGAAAAGCGUCAUAUUAGAAUACCUUUAUUGCCACCAUGAAAAACAUAUCAGCAUCAAGGGAAUGAGCCGAGCCACUGGAAUGUGUCCACAUGAUAUUGCUACAACCCUGCAGCAGCACAGCAUGAUAGACAGGAGGGAAGACAGAUUUGUAAUAAUUAGAAGGGAAAAACUGAUCUCAAGCCACAUGGAGAAACUAAAAGCUAAUCCACGCGUCAAUGAAGUAGACCCAGAAAGUUUGAGAUGGACUCCACUGCUUGUUUCUAAUGCUGCGGUUUCUGAAGAAGAGAGGGAAGCUGAAAAAGAGGCUGAGCGUCUGAUGGAACAGGCUAGCUGCUGGGAAAAGGAAGAGCAAGAAAUAUUCUCCACAAGAACUAAUAGUAGGCAAUCACCUGCAAAAGUACAAUCUAAAAAUAAAUACUUGCGAUCUCCAGAGAGUGUGGCAGUGGUUGGAGAGCGAGGGCAAUCCACGGAGCAAUCUAAAGAAAGCAGUGAGGAUGAUGAGGGGGAUGGGAAUCAUCAAAGUUCACCUCCACGGCUGACCAAACCACAAUCACUGGCCAUAAAAAGAAAGAGACCUUUCAUCUUGAAAAAGAAAAGGGGUCGUAAACGCAGAAGGGUUAAUAGUAGUGUCACAACAGAGACAAUUUCUGAAACCACAGAGGUGUUGAAUGAGCCCUUUGAUCACUCGGAUGAAGAGCGGCCCAUGCCACAGCUGGAACCUACUUGUGAGAUAGAUGGGGAAGAUGAUGACUUAAAGCCUGUGAUCAGAAAAGUAUUCCAGUAUCAACCUGGUAGGCAGAACCAGGUGGAAGAGGAGGACAAAGAGGAGAAAGACAAUCAUUAUAAAAAUGAUGUUCAGUGUGGAAACAACACAGAGGAUGUAGCUGUCUUGGAAGAAAGCACUAAAGACAAUCCUGAACCUUUGAGGUGUAAACAGGGCUGGCCCAAAGGAGUGAAGCGUGGUCCAUCUAAGUGGCGGCAGAACAAAGAAAGAAAGCCUGGUUUUAAACUUAAUUUAUACACCCCACCUGAGACUCCUAUGGAGCCUGACUACCAGGUAAUAGUAGAGGAACAGAAGCAAGUAUCUGAAGACAAGCCCUGCCAAGUUCCUGCUAUUGCAGAGGAGGAGAUUAAAGAGCCUAUUAAGAAUUUGCAGCCUCAAGAUGAGGUAAAAGAGCUGGAACCUGAGCUUCUAAACCCACCCAAUGAACCCUUUGAAAUCAUAGAAAAUGAUCUAAUGAAAGUAGAGGAAGAAGAAAAAAAUGUAGAGGAAGAUGUUGCCAGUGCAAAAAAUCAAGAUAAAGACCCACAGAAGGAAAUGUGCGCUCAAAAAGAUGAGCCUGAGCAUUUGGAUGAUCAUGAAGAGGAGGAAGAAGAGGAGGAAGAACCAUCUCACAAUGAGGAUCAUGAUGCAGAUGAUGAAGAUGAUAGCCAUAUGGGUUCAACAGAAGUGGAGAAAGAGGAGUUACCAGGAGAAGCCUUCAAAGAAGUGCUAGACAACCAGGAGUCUUUUUUAGACUUAAAUGUACAAACUGGUAAUUCAAAUCAGGAGGACUUAAUGGACUGUGGUGUUGACCUUGCAGCUGAGUGUGAAGGUGACCAUAAAGAGCUUACUGAAGAUUCGGGGCCUGUACCUGAAUCUGAUGAUGAUCAUACAGAUAAUAAUCAGGACCAAAAGGAGAGUGAAGAGUUAAAUUCUGAUUUCAAGGAAGAAAGUACUGAAACCAUGGAGAUUGAUUCAGAGACAGUACAAGCAGUCCAGUCUCUAACCCAGGAAACAAGUGAACAGGAAGAUGCAUUUCAGGACUGUUCAGAGACGCAAGAGGCAUGUAGAAGCCUGCAGAAUUAUACUCAUACUGAUCAAAGUCCACAAAUGACCACACUGGAUGAUUGCCAACAAUCUGACCACAGUAGCCCAGUCUCAUCUGUCCAUUCUCAUCCUAGCCAGUCAGUUCGUUCUGUUAAUAGUCCAAACGUUCCUCCAUUAGAGAACAGUUAUGCUCAAAUCAGCCCAGAUCAAAGUGCCAUCUCUGUGCCAUCUUUACAGAACAUGGAGACCAGCCCAAUGAUGGAUGUCCCAUCAGUUUCUGAUCAUUCACAACAAGUUGUGGAUAGUGGGUUUAGUGAUCUAGGAAGCAUCGAGAGCACAACGGAAAACUAUGAAAACCCAAGCAGUUAUGAUUCUACAAUGGGAAGUAGCAUCUGUGGAAACAACUCUUCCCAAAACAGUUGCUCGUAUAGCAACCUUACAUCUAGUAACCUAACACAGAGUAGCUGUGCAGUGACGCAGCAAAUGUCUAAUAUUAAUGGAAGCUGCAGUAUGAUGCAACAAACCAACAUCAAUUCUCCUCCUACCUGUAAUGUAAAAUCUCCUCAAGGCUGUGUUGUUGAAAGGCCACCGAGCAGCAACCAACAGUUAUCUCAGUGCAGCAUGGCUGCUAAUUUUACACCACCUAUGCAGUUAACUGAAAUCCCAGAGACUGGCAAUGCCAACAUUGGCCUAUAUGAAAGAAUGGGUCAGAGUGAAUUUGGAGCAGGGCAUUACCCACAGCCAUCUGCUACCUUUAGCCUUGCCAAACUGCAACAGUUAACUAACACACUUAUGGAUCAUUCAUUGCCUUACAGCCAUUCAGCUGCUGUAACUUCCUAUGCAAACAGUGCCUCUUUGUCCACACCCUUAAGUAACACAGGGCUUGUUCAGCUUUCUCAGUCUCCACACACUGUUCCUGGAGGACCCCAAGCACAGGCUACUAUGACCCCACCCCCUAAUCUUACUCCACCUCCCAUGAAUUUGCCUCCUCCCCUUUUGCAGCGUAACAUGGCAGCAUCAAAUAUUGGAAUAUCCCAUACCCAAAGACUGCAAACUCAGAUGGCUGGCAAAGGCCAUGUGUCUGUGAGAACCAAAUCAGCCCCUCUGCCCCCAGCGGCAGCAGCCCAUCAGUCACAAAUCUAUGGGCGUGCUUCACAGACUGUGGCUAUGCAAGGACCCGCACGGACCUUAACGAUGCAACGUGGUAUGAAUAUGAGUGUAAAUUUGAUGCCAGCCCCCGCUUAUAAUGUCAAUUCAGUGAACAUGAAUAUGAACACCCUUAAUGCUAUGAAUGGAUAUAGUAUGUCCCAGCCCAUGAUGAACAGCGGAUAUCAUAGUAACCACGGAUAUAUGAAUCAAACACCCCAGUACCCUAUGCAGAUGCAGAUGGGAAUGAUGGGAACUCAGCCAUAUGCACAGCAACCAAUGCAGACCACACCACACAGUAACAUGAUGUACACUCCUCCUGGGCAUCAUGGCUACAUGAAUACUGGCAUGUCUAAACAGUCUCUUAAUGGAUCCUACAUGAGAAGGUAG